UGUUUGGGUGAAAGAAACAUGGAUGUCUCUUCUAAAACUUGCCUCUUGUUUGCUCUGUCCGAGCACAGAAAGCUUAUGAAUAGAUUCUUAGUCCAUGUCAAUGAAGAGGUGGAAGAACAAAAAAAGCGCACAAGAAUAGCAACGGCUGCUAUGCUUCGCUCACCACAGAGAGUGACCCUGAAGACUGGGACAGAAUGGGAAGUUAUGCCAAACAUGGACGAUGACACUUUUUUUCAACCUUUCAGAGUCACCAAAAGACAGUUUGACUUUCUCCUGAUGGUGCUGCAGCAGCAGGGGCUGAAACGGCAAAAAGCUCGAGGUCAGCCAACAGUGCCUGUAAGAAUGAAGGUCUUGAUGUUUCUGUGGUACAUGGCGAACCAGAACGGCUUCAGAGAUAUCUCGGACAAAUUUGAUGUGUCGGAGUCAACAGCGCACAAGUCUGUUUUGGAAGUGCUUGGCAUUUUAUCCACUCUAGGGCCAUCCUUCAUCUCCUGGCCAAAUGCAGGAAGAAAGAAAGCGGCCUCCGCAGCUUUCCACAAGCUAUGCGGCCUUGAUGGAAUCAUUGGGGCGAUCGAUGGAUGCCACAUCAAGAUAAAUCGACCAAACAUAAGAGGGGGAGACUACAUGAACAGUCAGUCAUUUUAUUCUGUCCUCCUUCAGGGGAUUGUUGAUGAGAGAGGUAGAUUUAUUGAUAUAUUUGUUGGACCACCAGGCAAAGUUGAUGAUGCCAGAAUGCUGAGAGCCUCCAACUUUUAUGCAGACUGGCAGGAGAAAAUGGGUGAAUACAGUUUGCUUGGAGACAGUGCCUAUACUGGGCAAGCUGACCCAUUCAUCAUCACUCCGAAGUGUGAUAACGGGGCCCUCACUGAAGAGGACCAGCUCCGAAACUCCAGAAUCAGCUCUGGAAGGGCAGUCAUAGACCAAGCAUUUGGAAGGAUGAAGUGCAAGUGGAGGCGGGUGAAAGAUCUGCAGAACACCCGCCUUGAAAACGUGGUGAUGAUUAUUAUGGCAGCCUGUUUCCUCCAUAACAUGUGUAUAGGUGACAAUGAAAUGUGUGAGGAGCACCCCCAAGGCUGUCCAAGGCAGGUAGAUGAUAAUGUUUAAGCCCGGUUAACAUUUGUCUUUUUUUUUUUUAAAUAUAUGCUCAGUAUACACUUAAAAGUAUACUUACUGUAUGUAAAUGUGUUGUCUCUGGAUUUGUAUGCUACAGUCAUUACUUUGAUUUCCUUAUUACAUGAUUUUCCCUUUGCCACAAUGACGUUUGAACCUGAGGGGUAAAUUGAUAAACCAGACAUGAUUUGUUAAUUUUGAUUCGACAAAUGAAGCGAAGUGUAAACCCUUUUGAGUUACUAUGGCAACAUCUGCUAUUAGACAAUCCCUCCCCAUGUCCUAUUAGUUUUGAAGCUUUAGCUUGGCAUGAUGAAUUCUAUUGGCUGCCCUGUGCUUCUGUAGUCCCGUUAAGUUCUCAGGCAGUGAAAUGAUAGGAACAGUUAUUCUAGGAACCAAGUCCUUUAGUUUCAUUAACAGUGACAAAUUAAAAGAAAAAAGUUUAUAGUAUAUUUGUUCCUGGCAGCAAUAGAUCACACUUCAAUAAACAGGAAUUUAAAAAAAAAAAAUUAAGUGGAUGUAGACACAGCAAAAUGAGUACAAUUGACUAGUGCACCUCAAGAAAAUUAAGAUCCUGAAAGUUCUUUUUUUUUUGGUGAUUUAAUUAAAGAGUAAAAGUGACAGUGGUCCAAAGUCCUCUUUUCAGAUGAAAGUAAAUUUAGCUUUUUUUUUUUA